UCCGCUAACUCACCAUUCUACCACACGAAGCCAAGAUGGAGGUGUUUGUUGUGGCCCCAAGCAUCGGAUUCAGAUGGUCCAGCUGUGAAUUCCCACCUGGUUCCGUGGUCAGAGAUGUUCUGGAAAGAUUUGUCCCACAGCAAGACUUUUAUGUCUCCACCAACGGCCGCCUGGCCCAUCUGGGAGACCAUCUGCAGAAUGGCGUCGUCUAUCACCUUGAGCCACGGCUCUGUGGCGGGAAGGGAGGUUUUGGCUCCAUGCUCCGAGCUCUGGGAGCUCAGAUUGAGAAGACGACCAACAGAGAGGCCUGCAGAGACCUGAGCGGCCGGCGCCUCCGAGAUGUCAACCACGAGAAAGAGAUGGCGGACUGGCUGAAGAAGCAGGCGGAGCGUGAGGCAGAGAAGGAGCAGCGGCGUCUGGAGCGUCUCCAGAGGAAACUAGCUGAGCCCAAACACCAGUUCACCGACCCGGAGUACCAGCGGCAGUGCCACGACCUGAGCGAGAGGCUGGAGGACUCGGUGCUGAAAGGCCUACAGGCGUCCUCCAGCGGGCAGGUGAAGGCGGGAGACUCCUCAGCCGCCAAGAGACCCAGCAUGGAUCAGAAGGAGGCCCCGAUGAAGAAGAAGAGGAAGACCGCCGCUGCAGUCGGGUUCUGGACGGGUCUGGAGGAGCUUGUGAGCUCAGAGGAUGAUGAAGAGGAGGAUGAUGAUGAUGAUGAUGAUGGGUCCCCAGGUUGCAGCAGAGGAGCAGCGGUUACCAUGAUGAUCCAAAGGGACAAGGUGGAGGCUGGAUCCAGCAGCAGCUCAUCUGACUGCAGCUCCUCCUCAGGCAGAACAUCAGUAGACCAGAACAACGGACCCUCAACAGAACCGGCCUCUGCUGAGGAGCAGAAACCGGGCCCCGCCACAGAACCGGCCUCUGCUGAGGAGCAGAAACCGGGCCCCGCCACAGAACCGGCCUCUGCUGAGGAGCAAAAACCGGGUUCUGCAUCAGAACCGGCCGUGGCAGAGGAGCAGAACCGUUGUGUACAGUCCAGCGGGGAACCACAACAGCUGGACCUGUCUUCAGUGGAAUCGGUCCAGCAGCUGGAGUCUCUGGGUCUGGACGUCCUGAAGGAGGAACUUGUACGGCGUGGGCUAAAGUGUGGGGGAACGCUGUCGGAGCGCGCCGCCCGUCUCUUCUCCGUCAGAGGGCUGAGUCGGGAUCAGAUCGACCCGGCGCUGCUCGCCAAACCCACCAAGGUUAAGAAGAAGUAAAGGAACAAUUUGCCAUUUUUAUCAAAUGUUAAAGAGACCAAAAUAUUCAGCUGAGAAGGACCGGGAGUUCUGGACUGGAAGUUCCCAGGUCCAGAGCUUCCUGUCGGGAAUGAAGCUGCAUGGCUCCAAAGAUCCAGUAUUUGAACAGAUUUAUUGAUGCGUCAACAUGUGACAUCACUGUUUUC